AGAAGGCAAGGUGGAGUAGCAAAAAAUAGUCUGAACAGAAGAUGGUUAAAUUAUUUUGCCUUUGAAAAUUUAAUAAAAUAUAUGAUUGUGUGAACACAUCACUAGACCCUCUCUCAGUGCUUUGAAGGGGCCCAUACAAGCAAGAGAUUCCAAAGCUUAGCCUCCAUUAACUUCCAUGUAAGUCCACCUCUGCUCCUGGUGUAUUUCUUGGAUAGAAUGUUGGUCCUUCUUGCUGGAGAGGAAGGAGGGCUCCUGCUGAGUCGCCAUCCAGACUGAUGACAAAAUAGAACCAUGGGGCCGUACUUCAUGGUCUUGGCUUUUGGUGGCGUCCUGGCGUCAGAGCUGAUUCACACGUGGCCAUUAGUUUGUGACUAAAGUAGAUCAUUGGGCUGACAUCGCAACGAUUAGUUUUCAUGCGGAUUUUUAUUUUCCCUUUCUAGGUUGCCAACAAAAGCAAGGAGAAGAUGCCUGCCAGGCCACAUGAUGUAUGUGAUGGUGUCUGUGUGGACAAUUCCCACUGCAGCCAACCUUGCCCUCCAGACACUCAGGGAAAUAUGGAGUUUUUAUGCAGGCAAAAGAAAUGGCACAAGAUCACGGAAACCUGCAGGACUCUUAAUGCCUUCAACAUCUUUGAGACAAAUUCAUAUUCGGUUCAACCAUUCGGAGGAAAUACAGUCAUAAAUGAAUAUGCCAAAAAUUCUGAGACCAUCACAGACAUGCUGAUGCAAAAGUGUCCGCAGGAUUUGUCCUGUGUACUCAGGAACAUUCGGCAGUCCCCCCGGAUCCCGGGAAACAUUGCUGUCAUCGUACAGCUUCUCCACAACAUAUCCACGGUACUGCUGACAGGUGUCGACGAGGUGAAGAUGCAGAGUUAUAGCACCAUGGCCAACCACAUUCUUAACAGCAGAAGCAUCUCAAACUGGACCUUCAUCCCUGAAAGAAACAGCAGCUGUGUCCUGCUACACUCGGUCAAUUCCUUUGCAAGAAAGCUAUUUAUAAGCAAGUAUCCCAUUGACAUAUCAGAUGUCUUCAUUCAUACUAUGGGCGCCACCAUAUCCCGAGACAACUCUGGGAAGAAUUUCACUUUUUCAAUGAGAAUUAACGACACGGGCAGUGAGAUCACUGGACGGGUACUCAUCAGUAGAGAUGAACUUCAGAAGAUUCCUGCCCCUUCCCAGGCUGUCAGCAUUGCAUUUCCGACUCUCGGGGCCAUCCUAGAAGCCAGUGUUUUGGAAAACGUCACCGUGAAUGGGCUUGUCUUGUCUGUCAUUUUGCCCAAGGAACUUAAAAGAAUCUCACUGAUUUUUGAAAAGAUCAGCAAGUCAGAGGAGAGGAGGACACAGUGUGUUGGCUGGCACUCCCUGGAGAGCAGAUGGGACCAGCAGGCCUGUCAAAUGAUUCAAGAAAACUCCCAGCAAGCUUUUUGCAAAUGUAGGCCAAGCAAGUUGUUCACCUCCUUCUCCAUUCUUAUGUCACCCCACAUCUUGGAGAGCCCGAUCCUGACUCAUAUCACGUACAUAGGCCUGGGCAUUUCGAUUUGCAGCUUGAUCCUUUGCUUGUCCAUUGAGGCCUUGGUCUGGGGCCAAGUGACCAAGACAGAGAUCUCGUACUUACGCCACGUGUGCAUCGCCAACAUCGCAGCCACCUUGCUGAUGGCAGACGUGUGGUUCAUUGUGGCUUCCUUUCUUAGUGGUCCCAUGACACAAUACAACGCAUGUGUGGCAGCCACAUUUUUUGUUCAUUUCUUUUACCUUUCUGUGUUUUUCUGGAUGCUUGCCAAGGCACUCCUUAUCCUCUAUGGAAUCCUGAUUGUUUUCCAUACACUGCCCAAGUCAGUCCUGGUGGCCGCUCUCUUUUCAGUUGGCUACGGGUGCCCUUUGCUCAUUGCCAUCAUCACGGUUGCUGCCACUGAGCCCAGCAAAGGCUAUCUACGGCCUGAGGCCUGCUGGCUCAACUGGGACAUGACCAAGGCCCUCCUGGCCUUUGUGGUCCCAGCCCUGGCCAUUGUGGUCGUAAACUUGAUCACAGUCACACUGGUGAUUGUCAAGACCCAGCGAGCCGCCAUUGGCAGUUCCAUGUUCCAGGAAGUGAGAGCCAUCUUGAGAAUCAGUAAGAACAUUGCCAUCCUCACACCGCUGCUGGGACUGACCUGGGGAUUCGGGAUUGCCACCGUCAUCGAUGACAGCAACCUGGCCUUCCACAUUAUCUUCUCCUUGCUCAAUGCCUUCCAGGGCUUCUUCAUCUUGGUGUUUGGAACAAUCCUGGAUCCAAAGAUAAGAGAAGCUUUAAAGAGUCGAGUAACUUCUGCAAAAUGGAUCUCCAGAAUAUCUGCGAACCUUUCUACUGAUUUCUCUUGUCACCCCACCAAAGGGCCAAGCUAACAAACCCGGUCAGACCCCUAACUUGGGAGGUCAUACGUUCCAGGAAUGGCAGAGCCCCAGGGAAAAUGUGCUUCACCCUGUCUUCUUGCCUCUGGGAGUAUGAAGGAGCCUCCCAGGCUGUGCUGCUGAUGGAAGAGUGCAUGAAGUGUGGGAAGGACGGAGGGCCCCUCUGGCUAAGCUGUUCUGCGCUGCUGAACCCUUCUCCCCGACAACUGUCAACAUACAUAUACAUGCCAUGCCAGGCAUCCACAAGGGAACAGAAAGACAAAAUGGGCUGCAGCAGGACCCUGGUCUUGAUGGAACCUCCAGCUUAUGCUGUUGGGUCAUGUUUAUCCUCAGGAAGAGAGUCUGGUUCAUGUUGGCAAAGGUGGCCUGGGACGUCACCUGGCUGGAUUCUGCUGGUUGCUAAGGGAGGGGCCCUCAUGAAUAGUCACCAACAGUCAGGCUGACUCUAAGUAGGUCAUUGCUGGUUCUUUGUACAAAAGGAAUCCAACUGCCAGCAUAGUCCACCUGUCCAAAUUUAAAUGAAUUACACGGUUAGCCUGGCUUGGGCUAAGAUGCAACUUGGCCGUGAGCCAAGUGAAAAACACAGAGCUUUUGAACCAGAAAGAUGCUCAUUGUAAGUUAAGAAGCCUGGAGCCUGGAGUGAUGGGCCACAGCUAAUCAAGGCUUGAGCCAGAGCUAGAAACCCAAGUCUGCUGGCUUCCAGCUCUGGACUUGCUCCUUAAGACACAGAACCACUGAGGGACUCUGUCUGCUCCGAUGAUGUAAGGUUAACCCUCACCAACAAUGUUUUUUUGAAACCAGUGAUGAGGAAGGGAGACUAUCAUAUUUCAAGUACAGAGCUGCUCAUUUUCUUAACCUUGUAGGUAAACAAAUUGGACAUUCAAACAAGGAGCCACCCGAUAGGAGAGCAGUACCAUAGGCAGAAGCCUUUUGUGUGUGUGUGGGUAAGUUCUUUAAUAAAGCAAGCACCAGACUGUUUCAUCAGAAGAAAAUGAGUGGAUAAAGGAAAAGGGGGCAGUGAAUAGCCCCUAAUUAUCCUACCAAGAAGCCAGUGUUAAUGAUGUUACAUUACAAAAGGGAAAGUGAGACACACUUUGUGAAUGAGUGGGGUAUCUUUCUUUUUUACUGUAAAAAAUUUUCUCUAAGUAAGGAGGCUUGAAAAGGCAAACAAAAAAAAAAUACAAUGAAGAAGUCAAUCAGAAGGUAGAAAAAGAAACCAACCUGCAGAGUUAAGGCAUCUUUCUAGCGACAUUGCUUAUCUUGCGACAACAGUCACAUUUUUCUCAAAUGAUGUCAGGAAGGGAUUUUAAUUUGACAUUUCCCUAGUUAUUUCUGUUGAGUCUCUUCCAGGGAAGGGAGUGAGGCAGGCACAGUCCCGGUUUUCAUGACACAGAGAUCUCAGUACAAGGAAAUGUGACUUAUGCAGCGUCAAUGUAUUGAAGUGAGGAUGGAAUCUCAGGAAGCGAAAUAGCUCUAGAAUUAGAAAUCUGGAAAAGCCUUAGAAAAGACUGUGUCCAAUGGCCUCAUUUCCUAGAUGGGAACUCUGGGCAUGAUCAAGGGAGAGAGAUUGGUCUUUCAUCUGUACUGUGUGUUAAGCAUGAGACAGUCUCAUCUAGGGUGCUGUCCUCAGAUGUAGACCACUUCUUGGGAUGGGAUGGCAGCAAAGGCAUUCUUCCUUGGGCUUAUUAUUCACCAAGAAAGGGCCCAUGGAUGCCAACAGAGAAACUCCAGAAGUGUUUGGAAAUCCCUUGAGGAAGCUGUACUUUUUCUCCUGCAGCCCACAAUCCAGUCUGCCCCUUCCUGAAAGAUGUCAGUGAACCGCGCGUUUAGGGUGACUGUGGAAGACCCCUAGUGGAGACGCAUCCAGUGUCCUACUCACACCUCACCAAGGAAGUGACUUGCUCAGGUGGCUCAAGGAGAAAUUGGUGCUACCAGUGUCUAAGGCAGAUUCGUGGUUAGAUACUUAAGACAUGAUGAUUCUUGGGAAAAUUAUUUAAAUUCUUUACAUUUUGUUUUUCUCACCCAUACAUUGAAAAAAUAAAGUCUACCUCGUAGGGUUGUUGUAGAUUAAAUGAAUGCAUGUAGGUAAAAUACUUAGAAUGGUAUUUGGCCAUUGAAAUGUUAGCUGUUUUUGUUAAAGUACCUGUGAAUUCACGUACGUACAGGCACACAAGCAAACACACAGCCGUGGGCUUGGGCGUGAGUUUGGAGACUGACACCCUCAUGGAAGUUAGUUCAUUGACUUCUAAAUAAAAGAAUUAAGCAUUUGAUUCAGUCUGUUCAGCAUCAGGGGGAUGAGCUAGCAAAAUCCACUGAGCUUGUCAUUGGACAGUUCUUUCAUUCAGUGUUACCACGAUUGUCAUACCGAGUCCCCUGCCUGGGAGAGACUCGGGGGUUCUAUUUGGGGCUC